AUGGCUGAGCCUAUCGGUGUCGUAGCCGCGACCUUCGAGUUCGCCAAAAUCGUCCUGGAGGUGAAACAGCUCUACUCGUCGAUCAGACGCGCGCUCCAAAACCUUCAACAGCUGUUGGAAGAGCUAGAGGCUCUCGGAGAGGUCUUGGAGACAUUCAAAGAGCAGGAGGCCGCUCUGUCCGCGUAUGCUCCGCCGGGUGUGGCUCGGAAAUGCCGACAACGAAGCGAAAAGGCGGUCCAGAGCCUGAAGCCCAUCUGUGACGAGCUGUCUAAAGCCAUCAAGCGCUCGAGAAUUCGCGGAUCGUUGCGAGCAGUCCUCAAGGAGGAUGCUCUAGACAAAGCCCGUCAAGUGGUUGAAAGAGCCAAGGCCGAUUUCAUGUUGGCCCAGAUAGCUGUCUUGAAGUGGGUAGUACAAUGGUAG